AUGGAAACAGAAGAAAGAGAAAUUUUGCUCUUCCUUUUUCUCGUCUCUUUACUUAUCCGUCAACUUGAAGAAUGUUCAAGGGCAGUGACGUCGUCACAGAAAGGGUGGGACUGUGGGAGAAAGGGUGAAAUGGAAAAAUCUGCAGAACAAUAUAUGAAGGUGUUGAACGAGACAUGGUUUCUAAUGUGCCAAAUUAUAAAAAUAACUAUUGCGCUUUGA